AUGGAGGAACCCAUCUUUCCUGGUGGAGUAGACCUACAAACAGCGCUUGGUGCUGCCUCUCAAGGUGGCGGUCAGGUUGUGGGAGGUGGUGGCAGUGGAGGAACAGGUGGUGGUAUUGGAGGCGGAUUCGGAGGUGGUAUCGGAGGCGGAUUCGGAGGUGGUAUCGGAGGCGGAUUCGGAGGUGGUAUUGGAGGCGGUAUUGGCGGUGGCAUCGGUGGUGGUUUUGGUGGCGGUUUUGGAGGUGGAAGUGGAGGUGGUUUUGGAGGCGGAAGUGGAGGUGGUUUUGGAGGCGGAAGUGGAGGUGGUAUCGGCGGUGGAAGUUACAGUCCUCCUGCGCCUUCCACACUUUAUAGUGGACCAUAA